AAUCAAGAUUAAGAACAUUUUUUUUGCAAAGCCUCUAAUUAAAUAGAUUAUUUUUUAAUCGAGUCCCUCCCCUAAUAAAACACAAGGAAUACAAUGUACAUAGUGUACAGUACUGCUGUGCAUUACUGUAUGUUUAAGAGUGUAUGAAGCGUUGAUGGUAUUGGGUAAUAAAAGUGUGGGGAAGAUUAAUAAGAGUCUGGGGAGUUUCAUACAGCUCUAAAAUAUGUAUAAAUAAUUAAAAAUAUAUAUUAAUAAUUAAAAAAAAAUGUGGUCCCUACUUUGCAGAUUUCGCCAUUUGUGGGGGUGAGCCAGAACCUAACCCUCGCGAUAAACAAGGGAUUACUGUGCUGAAUAAAUGCUGAAACAUCUUGCCAUCGAGGAAGCCAUAUUGUUUAUUUACGUUUUGUUGUUGUUGAUAUAGUUAGUGACCUACUACCUUUGCUGAAGGAUGUCUACGCGGGGAAAGAAUACCCAUCUGAUCGGUGGAUCAACUCUGGAGAGCAUUGAUGUCAUACGGAACCACUCCAAGCUCUUCAGAGGACAAUGCACGAGGCUGAUCGAGGAUUUCAGCAAAUCUUGCCAGCGCCUGGAGGACGAUGACAGCGAGAGGCUGGAUCAUCGCGUCCGAGACAUUCAUUUUGUGAAGGAGGAGCUUGACCUGAAGUUGGAGGAGAACAUUUUGGAGAUAGAGCAGCUUAUUGCACUGCAGAACAGAGUGAUGAAAGCCAUUGAGUCCUGCGAGGAGCCUCUCAGAGUCACUCUUCUCUGUAUAGAUGAGCGAAAUAAACCCCCUGAGAAGGUGGAUGAUGAAGUGGGCAGGGAGCUGCUGAAGGAGGCUGACCUCACCAAAGGAGUUAUGGCCCUCAUGCAGCGUGUCGCGAAGCAGAUCGCUGAGCAAAUACGAUUGAACCAAUCAGCUAAAUUCCAACUUGAACGGGAUCUCAAGGAAAAAUAUGAGGCGCAACAGUUAGAUACUUCUUGUGCCUUAAUGACCCCACAUUCCCUCAUCGACACACAGCAAAUUUCAAAUGGCAAGACAGGUCCCCCUAGUUUAUCUGUGACACCCGCACAGUGGGGGAACCACUCUGAUUUCAACAUCGCUAAAGCGGAGCACGAGAAGAGAAACUCUGUGUCCCUGAGGGCCCUGGUAGAGUCUCUGCUGGCGCAGACUGCCGUUGAUAUGCAAAAACAGUUCGAGGCGACAUCAGCAGCCUUUCAGUUCAAUAUCAAGCAGCUUAAGACUGUCAAAAGCCAGAUGGAGGAACAACUCUCCAAGGUCUUGUCCGAAUUUACCAGCCAACAGAGAAACCGAGACGAUCUCCUGGUGGCUGUCGCAGAGAAUGAGCAUUUCCUGAGUUUGGCUCAGGCGAGGCUGGAUUUGCGUCAGCAGCGGCCCCGUAAAGAGCAAUGCCACGAUCCAGCGCAAUCACAGCUCCUCGCAGAAGUGGACCAGCUUACUUGUCAAAUUGCCAAGUUGCAUGAGACAGUCGAGCAGUCAGAAGAGCAGCAGAGGGCGCUGGUUCGCUGCCAGCUGGAGCUGCAACAUAACAUUGAGGUCAAGGCCAGACUCCUCUACGUUGACGAGGUCAUCUGCGGCCAACUCAGGAAGCCUAUUGUCAUACAUAACUUCUGAACAGGCAGUCUCCUCUCAACACGUGUUAUUCAACUUAUUUAUGAAUGAAUGAAGUUCUAAAAUGUGGUCCAUCAAAACAUUUUCAACAAGUCAUUUCUAUAACUAAAUAAUCAAUUCACUACCAACCCUCCCAGUUAACAUGGACAUUUGGAUCCUAAGUCUGUCAAUGGUAAUGAAUGAGUUAAUGCUUCGUCUUGUGAAACUCUAGCUUGAUACCUCUUUAUAAUAAACGGUUUAUAAAUGG